CCCAAGGCAAUUAGGCAGGCUAGACAGGGAGGGGAGAGAGGGGGAAAUUCCUUUGUAAAAAAAUGAGUGUAGGAUGUAUAUGCGAAUGACUGGCUUCCUCUAUCGCCGCGGCGGCCGUUCGUACUGAGAUUUUGGGUUGUCUAUUGCGGCAGUUUUCACCUCCUGCGUAUGUCCCUAGGCCAAACGAAUGCCCUUAACUACCUAACCUCUAUCUUCAUUGUAUCAAACGUGUUGUUUGAUAGUUAUUUUAUAGCAUCAUAAUGGGGCUAGCGGAAGCAAUUGUCUUUGCUAUGCGCAAGAGAAUUAGGGGCGCCAAGAACCGGACUUUGGCUGAGCCGGUUCCUACCAUCAACCUGCCUCAUAGAUGGAAUCAGGAAGGGGAGUUAAUCGCAAAUUCUAAACCGGAUAAAUGUCAUUGCUGUGGGUGGUCGGGCGACCCGGAUAUCAUUUCUUCCUAUAUCCCUUGGGAUGUUAGGAGAGAUGUCCAACUCGACGGAAAGAACAUUAUUUCCCUGAGAGAAGAAUGCGCUGUAUGUCAACUUCUGAACAUUAUUUUCCACAGGGUGGCACCUAUGCGAAAUAUAACUGGAACUCGUGUGAGCAUUGUGAAGGGUUAUAGUGUUUCUCUGGAGUGCAAGGAUCGUCCCUAUGAAGCUAAUCAAGUAUUGCUUUUCACUACGGAAGAUCUUACAGGGACACCAUUUGAGCAUUAUAAUAUUCUUAAGACUACGAUAAAGAGUAGCGAUUGGCUAUUUGAGACCUCUUCCCAAUGGGCACAAAGAUGCAUUUCCAAAUGUCUGGGAUCGCACGGAUCAUGCAACCAAUUUAAUAGGGGCAACAACUUCCUACCGUCACGGCUUAUUGACGUUGAUUCUAAAGAGCUGGGCGGUGACGUCGUUCUGAUCGAGACGAAAGACAUCAUUCUUCCAGACUCGCGAUAUGUAGCACUGAGUUAUUGUUGGGGCAAUUCUGAGCCUGAAUGCAUGACCACAAAUAGGAGUUUCAAAAAGAAUAUACAGAGAAUCAAAUGGCGCAGGUUGCCUAAAACAUUUCAAGAUGCCGUUAUAUUCACUCGAAGCCUUGGUCUGAAGUACCUAUGGAUCGACAGCAUGUGUAUAAUCCAAAAGAAUAAGGAGGACUGGCGCCAUGAAGCGGGACAGAUGUUUGGCGUGUAUAGAAACGCGUACGUCACGUUGGCUGCAUUGUACGGCGAUUCUAGCGCUUCGGGUCUCCGUUCGUCGUCGAUGAACAAUCAAUUGACGAAAAUGGCGGAUCUGUGCUACGGACAAUACCGUUGCCCCAUAUAUAUUCGGCAGGAUCCUCACUACUUAACCGACAAUUAUCGGGGUUCUCUUUCCGAUUACCACCAACCGAACAAAUGGGCACCUUUACUUUGCCGAGCAUGGACGUACCAGGAGCGCAUGGUCAGCCCAAGAGUUCUUUAUUUCGACAAAAGUGAGAUCAUAUUUCAGUGUUUCAGCACCAUUGCUUGCGAGUGCGGUAUCACCCAAUACCAUACCAGUUUGAUGUCUCAUCCCGAGAGUAGCAAGUCUUCUUUCUUCAACGCAGUCAUUUAUGAUGGCGAUGACCGGAAAGAUGAUAGGAUUGACUCUGUCUGGAGGAGAGUUAUUGUGGAAGAAUAUUCAAGCUUAGCACUGAGUGAGCACGACGACAGAUUAGCUGCAGUCGCGGCCAUAGCUGAACAAUUUCAGACAGCUCGCCCUAGUGAAAGGUAUUUAGCUGGUCUAUGGUCGGGGUCGCUCAUUAAAGACUUACUAUGGCGCCACAGUGAUAUGCCCAAUAGGCGAACGCAGCAAAACAAAAGAUUGUGCUCUUGGCCGACUUGGUCCUGGACUUCUUUGCAAAGUCAGGUAGCGUAUAGCAUUAUCCCGGACUCCACAGUCGUGGCGCAGAUUGUAUGGGCAGGAUGUGGAUACGCAGCCGACAAUCUAUUUGGAGUGUUGGUGAGUAGUAUCUUGAUUAUACGUGCUAGGGUACUACCUUGUUUAGUUGAAUGGCAGGAGUCUGGAUGUAGCCUCCUCUACGAGUGUGGUGGGAAGUGGAUGUACUUGGACAAGCAGGAUAGGAAUUUCUUCGAGCUAUCCAUGGAUUGCGGUGAUAUUGGGGAUCGAUGUUUCCCCGUGCAACAGAAUUUUUGUCUGCUUGAGGUCAUAAUAGGCACGUCGUGGGAUGCGCGAUACUAUUUAAUACUCUACCGCGAGGAAAUGGAAAGUGAUAUCUUCUCGAGAGUUGGUCUGCUGAUUUACCAUAUUUCUGGGACUCAAUGUGAGAAUUGGGACUAUGUUUGGCGAGAGCAGAGUGUUAUAAUGGACUGCGAAAUCCGUUGAAAGCCAUAGGAUUUAAGAUCAUUGGAUCAACCUAUGUACCUAAUUAUUUGUGUUAGCAUAGAUUUCAGCGCUACUUCACUUCUCAGCUAACCCCACUAAACAGACCCCUUUCCGGUAAUAGGCGUCUAUAGCUGAAGACCACUCUAACUUCGUUGGAGAACUACGCGAGGAACAAGGCAUUAUUCGUUGGCCAGAGCAAGUGCGGCUAUCAACUUAGCUUGUUACAAGUUGGCUUAGCUUUUCACCGCGAGA